CGUCAGCCGCGGGAAAUCCCCCUCCCGCCAGGCGGCCUGCCUCUAGGCCCCGCAGGCGCUCGGUCCUCGCGGCGCUCCGCCCCCUGCCCCUGGCUCCCGCACCUCCGACGGGCGAAGCCGGGUGAUCCGGAACGCUAGCAUUAAGGGGGUGGGAAGGUGUGAGCCGCAAACCCCGAAGAGGGCGGGAAGGAGGAGGAGGCCCCGGGGGUGGUCAGGGGGACUGGGGGUCCCGCCGGCAGAGUCCCUCCGCCGCCGGACCGACGCGGGCUGACUGUGGCGGCCUCGCGUCAGGACACUUGGAGGGGCGGCGCGGUGAGCGGAGCCAUGGCCUCGGGUGGCUAUAACCCAUGUAUAGAGAUCAUUGAACAGCCCAGGCAGAGGGGCAUGCGUUUUAGAUACAAAUGUGAAGGGAGAUCAGCAGGCAGCAUUCCAGGGGAGCACAGCACAGACAACAACCGGACAUACCCAUCUAUCCAGAUUAUGAACUAUUAUGGAAAAGGAAAAGUGAGAAUUACAUUAGUAACAAAGAACGACCCAUAUAAACCUCAUCCUCAUGAUUUAGUAGGAAAAGACUGCAGAGAUGGCUACUAUGAAGCAGAAUUUGGACAAGAACGCAGACCCUUGUUUUUUCAAAAUUUGGGUAUUCGUUGUGUGAAGAAAAAAGAAGUAAAAGAAGCUAUUACUUCAAGAAUAAGGGCAGGAAUCAAUCCUUUCAAUGUCCCAGAACAGCAGGUGUUUGAUACCGAAGAUUGUGACCUCAAUGUGGUGAGAUUAUGUUUUCAAGUUUUCCUCCCUGAUGAACAUGGUAAUUUGACAAUGGCUCUACCUCCUGUUGUCUCUAACCCAAUUUAUGACAACCGUGCUCCUAAUACUGCAGAAUUAAGGAUUUGUCGUGUAAACAAGAACUGCGGAAGUGUCAGAGGCGGUGAUGAAAUAUUUCUACUAUGUGAUAAAGUUCAGAAAGAUGAUAUAGAAGUUCGGUUUGUAUUGAACGACUGGGAAGCAAAAGGUAUCUUUUCACAAGCUGAUGUACACCGUCAAGUAGCCAUUGUUUUUAAGACUCCACCAUAUUGCAGAGCAAUAACAGAACCAGUGACAGUAAAAAUGCAGUUGCGGAGACCUUCUGACCAGGAAGUUAGUGAAUCUAUGGAUUUUAGAUAUCUGCCAGAUGAAAAAGAUACUUAUGGCAAUAAAGCAAAGAAACAAAAAACAACUCUACUUUUCCAGAAAUUGUGGCAAGAUUGUGCAGUUAAUUUUCCUGAAAGACCUAGACCUGUUACCCUAGGAUCAACUGGAGAAGGAAGAUUCAUCAAAAAAGAAUCAAACUUUUCUCAUGGUGCAGUUUUGACAGAAAUACCCAGGACUUCCGGCAUUUCGAGUCAAGGAGAUUCCUACUAUUCCUCACCUGCGUCAAUCUCAAAUGCACUGUCACAGCAUACUCCACCCAUACCUUCAAUGGUGUCUCCACCUUCUUCAAGCUGGUCAGGUGGGGCCCAGCCUACCUCGCGCGCAGUUAGUACAAAUCCACUGAGUGGUUUUUCAACAGGGACACUUUCCUCUCAUCCACAAGGUAUCUCGCAAUAUCUGGAAAUGCCUCUUGAGAGUGAUCUGAAUGCCUCUAAUGCUUGUAUUUAUAACAAUGCAAAUGACAUAGGCAGAAUGGAAGCACCAUCCAUGUCACCAGCUGAUUUAUAUGGUAUUUCUGAUGGCAACCUGCUGCCGAAUUGCCCUAUGAAUAUGAUGACACCUAGUAGUGACAGCAUGAGGGAGAAUGAUAAUCCGAGACUUGUGAGCAUGAAUCUCGAAAACCCCUCAUGUAAUUCAGUGUUAGACCCAAGAGACUUGAGACAGCUCCAUCAGAUGUCCUCUCCCGGUAUGCCAGCCAGCGCUGGUUCCAGUACAGCUGCUUUUGUUCCACAGCCAGAGGCAUUUGAGAGAUCUGACUUCAACUGUACAGAUAACAGUAUGAUAAAUGAGUCAGGACCAUCAAAUGGUACUAAUCCAAACAGUCAUGGUUUUGUUCAUAGUCAGUAUUCUAGUAUUGGCACUAUGCAGAAUGAGCAAUUAAGUGACUCAUUUGCAUUUGAUUUUUUUCAAGGUAAUUUGUAAAACUUAAAUGGUUGUUUGGGUAUAUUGAAUUCAAAGCUGGAAAGUAUCUUAUAGGGAAAUUCUGAAAUAGAAAUUUAAGAGGACAUAACUGCUUCUUCUUUUUGAAACAUGUGACCUGAUACUGUGUGCAGGGAAUUCUGUCUUUGAGAAGAAAAUGAGAGCAAGGCUCCAAUUCUUCCAAAUACACCUUUUUAUACUUUUUUUAUAUGGUGUUGAUGUGUUCUUAGUUAAAUGAAUUAACUGAUAUUUGCUUUGAAGCAAAUUUAAGGUAAAACCUGUAAUGACUGUGUCAUUAGAAAAAUGAUUUCAUUAUUAUUUUUGAGACCUAUAGGCCAAGGUGACCCCUAAGGGGUUUUCUGAGGCUUCUUGGAGUUUCUUAGAGUUACUUAUAAGCCAAGAAUUUUUAAAUCUUUAAGAAUCUAACUUGACAGGGGGCGCCUGGGUGGCUCAGUCAGUGAAGCAUCUGCCUUUGGCUGGGGUCAUGAUCCCAGGGACCCUGGGAUCCAGCCCUGCAGCAAGCUCCCUGCCCAGUGGGGAGUCUGCCUCUCCCUCUCCCUUGCCCAUGCUCGCUCUUGUGCACACACACGCUCUUUCUCUUAAAUAAAUGAAGUCUUUAAAAAAAAAAUUCUAACUUGGACAGAAGAGAGUUGAAGUGAACUUUUAAGGUAGGGGAAGUUCUCUACAUUUUGGAUGGUUUAAAUCCUUACCUUUAAAAUUGCUUAUGAUUUUAGGUUUAUACCCAUGUCUUUAAGGUGAAAGUUUUCUUAGACCUCUCUUCUUUCUUGUGUUUCCUCACUCACUGUGAUCUCAUCCAAUUUCAUCAAUUUUAUCCUUACCUUAGACUUAUCAAUUUUAUCCUUACCUUAGACUUAUCCUCUGACCUUCAUACUUGGAGGUUAUAUGUGUAUGUAAAACUAUUUAUUUGACAUCUCUACUUAGAAUCCCAUUAAUGAACAAAAAUCUAGCUCAGAUUCAACAUAUCCAAAACUGAGUUCUUGAUCUUUUCUCCUAAUUUGCUUCUCCUUUGUCUUCCUCAACUUAGUAAAUAGCAGUGCUACGCUUCUAUUGUUGCUCAGGUCCAAAACCAUGGAGUCAUCCUUGAUUCUUUUCUCUCCCAGAUUCAAUCCAUCAGCAAAUCUGGUAGGCCCUGACUUCAAAAUAUACCCAAAGCCCACCACCUCUUUUGACCUCUACUAUUAACUUCCUCUUCUAAGCCACUGUCAUAUCAUCUCUUGCCUAGUUUGAAGCUAUAGCCUCAAAAGAUGCUCUUACAUCCUUGUGCCCCUAUAGUCUCUUCUCCCCAAAGUUGCCAGAAAGAGUAUUUUUAAAACCAGUCAAAUGGUAUCAUUCACAUGCUCAAAACCAUCCGGUGGCUCCCCAUUCCCACUCAGAGUAGAGACCAGCAUCCUUAAAAUUGGCAGGCUCAUACAUACUUAGUCUCCUGUCUCAUCUCUUAACGUUUUCUUCUCAUUCAGCUCCAGGCAUUCUCAUAGCCUCUCUUCAAAAACACCAAGUAUACUCGUGCCUCAGACUCUUUGUACUUGGUGUCCUCUCUGCCUUAACUAUUUUUCUCUCAGAUACAUGUGUAGCUCACUUCUUAACAUCCUUCAGAUUCACUCAUCUAAUACUGAUCAAGGCCUUCCUCGAGUCUGUACAUAUCAGUACUCCGUGUCUCCUCUCCUUUAUAUUGUUCUGUAGCACUUACCAGGUCUGACCUUUACUACGCACUUAUUUUUUAUUUUAAUUUUUUUUUCCUUUACUGGAAUCUGUGUUCUACAAGGGUAAAAAUUUUUAUGUUUCGUUUGUUGAAUUCCCAGUUUGUAGGACAGGCUCUGCCUCAUAAGCACUUAGCAAAUAUUGAAUGUUCAAAGUACUACUAAUAGAACUUUAUUUUUUGAAAGAACAGCUUUAAUUAUUAGAUGUUCAUGAUUUUUAUAAUUCUAUUUAAUGUGACAUUGGGUUUAUGUCAGAACCAUACGCCUUCAGGUCAAGGUUUAAUAACGGUAAUCCAAACUAUUGAAAGCAAAGUAAUCCCAGUUGCAAAAUGAUGGUAGAAUUUAGGCAGUAAUCUUAGUUGUGAUGGAGUUGUCAUGAUGCUAAGUAACUGAACUCUAUUUUACACCUAGAGCCCACCAUAAAUGUUGAGCAUGUUCUGAGCUAGAAACAGUGUGUCAUUUCAUUUAUGCAGUGUCCAACCAAACCAGUAAGUUUACUGGAACAAUCAAAAUGGGAAAUGUAUGAAUGUCUGAAUGUAUGAAUCUCUAAAAAAAUCUGAGUUGAAUGAUACUGGGAACUGGGAAGAAGAGCAAGAUAAAACUUGGGGUUAGGAUAGACUAGGAAGCAGAAGAAGAAAAAGAUUAAAGACACCUAAGUACCAUUAAUAUUUCUCAGAAAUUAUGAUUUAAAAAUGAAACAUUUGUUAUAUAAUUUUAAAGACCAUAAGCAUGUAACAUACUUUAGAAGAAUUUACCAGGGAGAAAGAAUACCUUGGAAGGCAUCAUUUCUUUUCUGUUCAAAAUAUGAAUGAACCCAGGAUAUCUCCAGAUAGUGGUCAAUAGGUAGUAAGCUUUUUAAAAAAAAAUACAGAAUCCUGUAAUUUUAUAAUAAUUAGCACUGGCCAGCUUAAACACAGACUUUAGAAUAUCUGGAUUUUUGCAUUAAAUAAGCAAUUGACUUGUUUUGCAGGGUUGUGUUUUGUCCACCGUUCCCCCAUCCCCCACCCCCCACCCCAUGUAAGCUGAAUUAAGGUACUGCUACAUCUGUGUUUAAAGUAUUUCCAGUGGAUAUUUUUUUUAUUUUUUGGGUGCUACUUACUGAUCAUAGAGUUUAUUUUAUAAUAUAAAAAGAAUUUGGCAACCUGUUUCUCAUCUAUGUCUAAAUGUAUUUGUGUUUUCACACUUAGUUUCUGAGGAAAAAGUGCCCCUCUGCCUUUCUACAUUCUGCUUGCACCCUGGACCCUGCUCUGUCUCCCAUCUUGUUUCUGUAUCCUCAUAUCACCAUUUAGUGGUGGUUUUCUUUGUAUAACUUUGGUAAACAUUUUCUUUAACCUUAAAAGAAAGAAAACAAAAACCUUCCUACUACCUUCAUGUUCCUUCCUUCACAUCCGGACUCAGGAAAUACUUUCAGCUUCUAUUUCCUCUGCUCCCAGUCAUUCUUUAGCUUACUUAUCUUUCACCAACUUUUGUUUUCUUUUUCUUUUCUUUUUUUUUUUUUCUUCUCUUUUUUUGGUGGGGGGUGGCAUGCAGGCAAGUGUACUCUCAAGAGUGGGUGGAAGGGCAGAGAGAGAGAGGGAGAGAGAGAAUAUGAAGCAGGUUGCAAGCACCCGAACUGGCAUUCAUCCUGUGACCCUGAGAUUAUGACCUGAGCCAAAAUCAAGAGUUGGACAUAAAACUGAUUGAGCUACCCAGGUGCCCCCUCUUACUGUUUUCUUAUGAUAUUCUGGGAAAAGUGACCAGAGACACUUUUCCUUGUCAAAUCUGGUGUCUUUUUAUCAGUCCUUAUUCUGCCUGACCUAUCCAUAACCUUUUUUCCUAUUGGCUACUCCCUUCUUGGAUACUCCUCCGAGGUUUCUGUGGUAGAUAAGAUUCCUCUCGGAGGUUGACUUUUUUCCCAGAAUCUCAACCCCAGCCCUCAUUUGGUGCUAUUUUUUCCCUGGGUGACCGACCUCAUCAGUGCCUACAGUUUCAGCUUUCUCUCACGCUACACAAAUGCCUUUAUGAACUGCGUCCCCCUUUUGCAUUCCCUACUUUGCAUUCCCUACAAUGGCAUUAUCAUUUACCCUGCCAUCCAAGAUACUUAAUUAGAACCUCAGAAUCAUGUUUUAUUCCUUUUCUCCCUCAUUGUCCUACUUAGUUAUCAAGUCUUUUAAAUUCUGCCUCAUAAAAAUGUCUUGCAUUUGUCCCUCCUUCAUUCCUAUUUUCUUCGUAAAGGCCUUCAUUCCUUUUCCCCAAGAAGAAUCUUCUAUGUUGGUGCUUCAAUAAAUUGGGUUUUCAGAGGUAUCAGCAGAGUAAAUACAAGUACAAGUUUUUGAUGAAAGUAAACAUCUUACCUAUUUUUCUUCUUCAUUAUCUUCAUUAGAUAAUGAAGUAUAGCUUUGCCUAAAAAGUAUAGCUUUGCCUAAAAUGUAGUAAGAAAUAGGUUAAGAUGGAGUAUUUGGAGAUCAAUGUAUAGAAGUCUCUCAGGAGACUUCAUUGGGGUCAUGGUUCAGACCAGAUAAACCCUUUAGAGAUGACAUGUUUUAAAAGAAUGUAGUGAAAACUCCUAACUGAUGAAUUCAGAACCUUACAGAAUGGCACUAUUCUGUUUUUUACUGUGCUCAGUAUUUCGAUAUGCUUUUUAGUGAGUAUAAUAAAUUUAGAGAUACUGAAAAAAGUAUUUUUUUAUUUAAUUUCUUUUCAAUGUAACAGAAAUCAUUGUUUAUGUACCACACCCAGUGCUCCAUGUAAUACAUGCCUUCCAUAAUACCUACCACCAGGCUCCCCCAACCUCCCACCCCCGCCCCUUCAAAGUACUAAGAAUUUUUAAAGUUCUCAAAUUAUUUAAUGUUAAAUGCGUUUAAAAGAUUGCAAUCAUUUGUAAAGUGUCAAAAUCCUUUUUGUUGUACAGAAUAUUUUAUUACCUUUGUAAUAUCUCUGUAUACAGUGAUUUUUUUUUGUGGUAAUAUAAUAAAUGGAAAAACUUUAAAAUUCCUAAAA